UCAAAAAACAGAAGUUUUGAUGACACAAAAGCAAAUUUGGAGAAAAUAUUUUACAAAUCAAACUCACUGUACAAACUGUUGAAGUACCGCUUUUGGUGAGUUAUGGUUUUGUGGAAUUUGAUUUUCGUUUUUAUGUUUUAUUAUCUCUAUUGUUAUGUUUUUAUAUUUUAGGCAGUGAUUUGUUCAUCUCUAUAUGUAGUGCCGUCAGUUCAUCAAUGUGAAAAAAAAAAUACACAGACAGACGACUUCGUGUAUUUUUUUUUUGUGAAUCAGAGAUGAUCUACAUAUUUGUUUGAAUGUUUUGUUACAGCUUUUUUUAAAUGUUUUGUGAGCUUGUAUUUGAACAAAUGAAAACGGAUUAUCAUUUCUGUGUUUUUUAACAAAUGAAGAGAUGAUUAUCAUUAAUGUGUAUUUGAACAAAUGAAGAACUGAUUUUCAGGUAUUUGAACAAUUUUGGGUAUGUGUUGUUACACCGAGGUGUGUAUUUGAACAAAGGAAGAACUGAUUUUGACGUUUCUGAACACUGGUUUUGUAUUUUUUGUUACAACUAACUGUGUAUUUGAACAAAUGAAUAACUGAUUUAUUUGAAUUUGAAUACUUUUGGGUAUGUGCUGUUACACCUAGGUGUCUAUUUGAACAAAGGAACAACUGUUACAGCUUUGUUUGAAUGUUUUGUGAGAUUGUAUUUGAACAAAUGAAGAACUGAUUUUCAUGUAUUUGAUCACUUUUGGGUAUGUGCUGUUACACCUAGGUGUGUAUUUGAACAAACGAAGAACUGAUUUUCAUGUAUCUGAACACUGGUUUUGUAUGUUUUUUUACAACUAACUGUGUAUUUUGAACAAAUGAUGAACUGGUUUUCAUGUAUCUGAACACUGGUUUUAUAUGUUUUGUUACACCUAACUGUGUAUUUUGAACACCUUUUUGGUAUGUUUUGUUACACCUAACUACAUACAAGUAAAUACAUAUAAAGAUUUGAGCGUAUAUGUAUUGUCCUGACAUAUGUGUUAAUGUAUUUGAAGCACCAAUGAACUGCGUGUCCAAUAAUACGCAUAUAUUCAAAUCUUUGUGUCAUAAUUUGUAUAUAUUUUGUAUGUGUUGAUUUUAUCCAUUGUUAGUUGUUUUCUAGAAUAAUCCCAUAUUUUAUUUGAUAAUGUAUUUCAGGAAUUUACCAAGCAUAUUGAAUUCGGUUGCAGGAAAAAUGUCGUAUAUCUCUUCGUUAAUUAGACACUGUGGUACUUGGAAUAAUGAGAACCGUUAUGUGAAUUUUAAAAUCGAUGUUGUUGUUUUCAAGGAGUAUUCAACAUAUAUGGAUUUGUUACAGACAAUUGCAACACAGUUGAAGUUAGACACGUCCAGAACAGAAAUAUACAUCAAAUACAUGGUGGAGGGUAGUAAUAUGCCGAUGGAAAUACACAAUGAUAUGGGUGUCAGAGUUUACGUGGAUUUGAAGAAAGAGAAUAAACAGUUAGCAAUGUAUCCUUUGUGCAUAACUUGUAAUGAUAAACGCCUUGACAACUGUGUAUCUGAUGAAAGUUGUAUUCAAGGGGAGAUUUUGCAACUUGGAUACACAAGUCAGUUCGAUUCUAUGAAAACAGUCGGGUGUGUAGACUUUGCGUCUUCAAGUUAUAUCAAGGAUGUUGCUAUAUUUGAAAAAGACACCAAUCUAAUUAUCGAAGACAAAAAUCAAAAAGAGGUUGUUGUUGAUCAAGUCUACAAGGACAAAAAUACAUUAAAGGCUGUGAUGGAAAAUUAUGCAAUUUCACAUAGGUUUAAUUUUCGUACGGAGAGGUCUAAUGCAAUAAGCUACACACUUGUGUGUGUGUCCGAAGAAUGUAAUUGGAAAUUCAGGGCAUCAAGUGUUGGGAAAUCAGAAAUGUUCUUAGUCAGGGAGUUCUGUGACAAGAAUACAUGUCCGCUAAAGGAUAAAGUGUAUUCGCAACGGCAUGCCACAAGUUGGUUAAUAGGAGGGAUUGUUAAACCCAAAGUAGCCAACCAUAAGAGGAAAUACACACCUAAUGACAUAGUGGAUGAUGUAUUGAAGGACUUUGGCAUGGAUGUGUCUUACAUGGUCGCUUGGCGGGCUAAAGAGAGGGCUAUGAAGGACUUAAUGGGUGAGCCAGCAGAAUCAUACAAUAAGUUACCCAGAAAUCUAUAUAUCAUGGAUAAAACAUAUCCUGGGUCGCAUAUACGAAUGCGCAAGUCCCAUGACAACGAGUUCCUUUAUGUUUUUAUAGCAUUAUAUGCAUUUAUCAAGGGCUUUGAGUGUUGUAGACCCAUUGUGAUAGUAGACGGGAGCCACCUUAAAACAGCAUACAACGGCACAUUCGUUUCAGCAAGCACACUAGACGGUGCAGGCAAUAUACUUCCCUUAGCAUAUGGUGUGAUAGAUUCUGAGAAUGACAAGUCUUGGACGUUGUUCUUUGAGCGGUUCAGAGAAGCCUAUGGAGUUAGAGAGAAUAUGUGUAUCGUAUCUGAUAGGAAUGAAAGCAUAAACCAAGCUGUAUGUCUAACUUAUCCAAAUGUUCCGCAUUAA